AUGCCGCCAGCGGAGAAAUUCUCCCACAAGGUCUCCUGGGGUGGUUCGUCGCCCAAGCAGCCCAGGGCCUCCGGCCCAGACCGGGAUUCCGCUUUCUCACUCACCUCCUCGCUUCCAACCCUCCACUUGCGCUACAACUCUAACCCGGAUGAGUGGGACAAGAGGGCCAUAGGGAGCUACUACGAGUUGUACGCGGCGGCGCUGGGCAACCUGGAAUGGUUGCGGUUCUGUCUGAGUCGGCACCGUGAGGAAAUCCCGGCAGAUGACAAGGGUUUCACUGCCAUCCACUUUGCAGCCCAGAGUGGCAAGCUUGCAUGCCUGAAGGUCUUGGUAGAGGAGUACAAGUUUCCGGUGGACCUGCCCACCAACAAUGGUCAGACACCCCUGCACCUGGCCAUCCACAAGGACAACAAGACCAUGAUCCUCCCCUGCAUUCACUACCUGCUUAAGCAAGGGGCGGCCCUCAACACUCAGACAUGCAAUGGCUCCACACCCCUCCACCUGGCGGCCUGCCAGGGCCUGCUGAAAUGUGUGAAGGUCCUGGUGCAAAAUGGGGCCGAUGUCCAUGCCCGAGAUGCCAUGGGCUGCAAACCCAUCGACUAUUGCAAAAUAUGGAAUCACCGCGACUGUGCCAGGUUCUUGAAGGAUGCCAUGUGGAAACGGGACAAGAAGGACUUUGCUUGUGAGAUGGGGAAAUUGAAGACGCUCAAGGACCAGCUGGCCCUCAUGGAACAGGACUACCUGACUGAGUAUCAAAAAGAGCACCAAAUUCUGAGAGAAGCUAAUUUCAAGAAGUGGCUCCACUGCAAGCAGCUGCUCCGAGGCCAAUCCCUGAUCCAGACCGCCAAGCGAGAGCCUUGUACCCCACGCCAGGCUAUGGCCCUCUCCAAGGCCACCAGGUACCAGGGACUGAGGCCUCCCAAGAGCUUCUACCCCUCCCCAGAGGCGCGCCUGCGAGAGACACCGCGGCCCAAGCUGCAGCCCUUGAGGACACACACGCCCAUCUACAUGCAGCCCAUGGUCAGGCGGCCCAAGUCAUGGAAUGUUAGCAACAAUCCUGCCAGAUCACCCACCACCCAGAUCGGCUACACGCAGGGCAUCCGACUGGGUGUGCAUCCAGACCCCAGCUCAGAGCAUGACUUCCGCAGCUUCCUCAAGGUGAGGUCCGACAGGCACGGUAGUGCCAAACUGUGCACAGUGGCCGGCAACCAGGUGGCACCUGUGCCCCAGCUGCCUUUCGAGGUGAUGGUCCAAGAGCUGUACCCUUCGGUGCGGCCAUACAGGAUGAAAGUGCCCCAGGGCUUUUGCUCUGUCAGCAUGAAGGAUGUGCCCCAGAAGCGGCACUUGGGUGGUAACAACUUCUGGACUGACGCUCUGGCCAUGAACCUGCGCGAGACAUUUGAUGAAGCCUUCCUGGCAGCUGUGCAAGCCCAUCAAAGGCUCCCCACUCGACCCUACCUGAAAAGUCCCCCAUAA